AUGCAGGUGGUUUACAGCGGGGGUUCAACUCCCAAACCGUCGCCACGCAUUCGACGUAAGACGGGUUAUGGACGUCCCAUCAUGCCAGGCUACAUGACCCAUGUCCACCCUCAAGUGAUGACUCAGAGGUCACAUGAGAACCUCACAGAAGGUGACGUCACUCUCAGAGACUCGAUCCCAGCCAUGAGCCGAUGUGUGGCUAGUAUCUGCCUAGUCUUCAACAUUUUCCUGCCAGGUGCCGGUACGCUGAUUGCAGGACUGUCCGUUCUAUGCUGCUCUCACGUCCGCCCUAAAGACGACUCCAAGAGGCACUGUAUAUACGUCAACGCCGGUGUGGCUUUGAUUCAGUUCAUGUUGACGUUUCUCUUUCUUUUAGGGUGGAUCUGGAGCAUCAUGUGGGGAAUCGCAUUCUUGUCUGUGUCCAAACAAUAUUACUACAGGCAUCAAGACGAACAAAGUGCGCAAGAACAUAACGGUGUCAAUAAAUCGUCUUCAGAACAGAAUAACACUUCCACACCAAACCUCAAUGUAAAGACAAAGAACAAUUAUCAACAUCGUCUUGACAGUAAUCCUCUAGAAAAGAAAUCAAAUAAUAUUUCUAAAGUCCAUCGUUUGUCAAGCAGAACGUCUUCGCUGGAAUCUCAAAGUUCUGGGGUGAAUCCACACUGUACUGUAACAAAUCUGGCUACUAGCAGAGUGGCCGACAAACAGAAAGCCGCAUUAGAUCAGGCUACUUUUUGUGAAUGCAGUGACGCCUAUCAGGUGAGACCGGACACAAUGCCUCCACAACCAAUCAUUGCACUCCAGAAGGCAUCGGUGAGUAACCUCUUUGAGGCCUCCCAUACAGUUCAUCCAGCUUCAUCGGGGGAGACAAUUAUGAAAGCCACAACUCGGCAUAUGAAAAUGAUGCAGCGUAAGAUGAGCAGCAAUGAGUUGUCGCCCUUUGCGCUAACACACAAGCGACUGGAGGCAAUAAUCAAACACGAUAUCCCAGUUAUUGCUCCUGACAAUCGACAUACAGGCGAACCUCAGGUCCCUGGGGAGGGCCUGCCAAAAUGCUAA